AGAUUGGAGGAGCUAGAAACACGAUAGUUAGGAUGUUCAGAUGCAAUCUUUUGAGAAGGCAAUGGCAAGCAAUAUUCAAAAGAGAUUAUAAAGCGUUCGGAUUGGGAUCGGGCUUCUAUGUAACGGCGGCACUUUACGCUACUGAUCACCGGAAUGAUUCGAAUGGAUUGGCUCCGUUGCGAGAUGAUAUUGGUACAGCAAGCACAUUCACUAGUAAAAAAUUGGAUGUGCAUGAGAUUAGUGAUUUCACAGAAGUAGGUUUCGAUAAAGCCAUAAAAAGAGAGGCGUUAAAAGAAAACCACACAAAAUAUUUAAAACUUGAUGAAUUUUUGCGAACAUUGCGGAACGAAGGCGCCGCUGAUAUUUUUGUAUGCACAGUUCCUAAGAAUCUUAAAUAUGUGGACUACAUGUGCAUUAUAACAUGUUUGACUCAUCGUCAUAUGAGCGCCGUUGCAAAUAUGGUUCGAAAAAUGCAUAAAGUAACCUGUAAUGAAAAUGACACGCCGCCGAAAAUAGAAGGGAAACAGAGUCGAGAUUGGAUUGCCUUAGAUUUAGGUAAUAUUGUAUUGCAUAUAUUUUCAGUUGAAUUCAGAAAAUUAUAUGAUUUGGAAUCUCUUUGGAGUAUUGGGUGCAAAUAUGAUAAACAUUGCCAAAGGGUCGAAAAUUCGCAUUCAAACGUUUUUGCUGAAGACAUCACUAUAAGAAAUUUUUAAAUGCUUAAAUUACGGUAAUAAUAAUAAGACGCCCCAUUAUUUCCUGAAUUUUAAAUAUAAAAAAUAUUGGUGGGUAGAAAAUACAUAUGGAACUUCUAAAAGAAAA